GCGAAUUCCAAGGAGCGCCCCCUCCCCGCGCGCGCGCGCUCCGCGUCCCUGGAACUGCAGCCUCAGUGCAGCGCCAACUUCUCCUGGCAGAAAGUAAGGGCGAGGGUGGUGGAGGUGGCGCGAAAAGGAGGCGGUGGUGCACGCGCAGCCCGCCUCGCGCCCCCGGCCCUGGGCGCGUCGGGAGAAGGAGACGCGCUGCUGGGGCUUGUUCGAUUCCGCUCUGGCCGGAGAGAGGUCUCCGAGAGGGCGCCGCGCGCGCCUGAGGGGAACCUUCCGACACUUUUGCGCUCUUCUGCCGCCUCCGCCCCGUCCUCGGGUAGGUUGGGAAGUUUGCAGGGCGGGGCUCGGCGCGCCGAGGAGGAAGAGAGAGCCGGGGAAUUCUGUCCCGCCCGGUGCCAUUCCACAGUGAGCCGCGGGCGCGCCAGCAAGAUUGGCAUUUCCAGAAAAACAGAAGAAGAAAAAGAUAAUGAACUGAAAGCAUCUGAAAAGUAUAUUGUGCAAUCCUCUGAAGCGAGUAGAAAUGUAGUCCUCCGAUAGGGCCAUGAACCUAAAACUAGUCUAUGUAUCUGUACUGAUGUUUGGAAUAAUGGGUUUAUUCCUCUUCAUGUACCUGCAAGAUUGGAUUGAAGAACAACAUACAGUGUCUGAAGAAAAAAUACAGCAGCACGCAAUUAAUCAGAACUUCAGAUUCUAUUCUUCAGAGGAACCUGAAAAAACAAAAAACUGGGUCACUGGUGAAAAGCUUGACAAGCCACGUAAAGCUCUUAUUGAGAUUGGACAUUCUCAGGGAGAUGCUGACCCUAUUCUAGGGAUGGCAGGCUCCUUGACCACUGGAUUAUCUGAAGAGUCGCAGAAGAUUAAAUCGCUUCUUAAACAGUUCAGGCAAGUGAAUUUACCACCAGUUCUGCGCCCUUUAAACAAAACUUUAAUCAAAAGCAAUCACUGGAAAACCACAGAUGAGAUGCAAGAGAAACGAAGAUCUUUCCUUUACGAUUUCUGCAAAAGGUACACUGGCAAAAGCAGACCCCGGACUCACCUUACGCGCAUGGUGUCCAGAAUCUAUGUGGAAGAUAAGCACAAAGUCUUGUACUGUGAGGUGCCUAAGGCAGGUUGUUCCAACUGGAAGCGGGUUUUGAUGGUGCUCAGUGGCGUUGCUGAUUCUGCUGCUAACAUUACGCAUGAUGCUGCACAUUAUGGAAAGCAUCUCAGAAAACUAGACAGCUACAAUCUAAAAGGGAUACACAAGCGUUUAAAGACGUACACCAAAGUUAUAUUUGUGCGGGAUCCCAUGGAAAGAUUAGUGUCUGCAUUCAGAGAUAAGUUUGAACAUCCAAACAGCUACUACCACCCUGUAUUUGGGAAGGCAAUUAUUAAGAAAUACAGACUUAAUGCAGAUAGAGUGGCAUUGGCAACAGGCUCAGGAGUGAAAUUUAAAGAGUUCAUCCAGUAUUUGUUAGUCCAUCGGCCAGUAGGUAUGGACACUCACUGGGAACAGAUCAGCCAACUCUGUUAUCCUUGUGCUAUCAACUAUGAUUACAUUGGAAAAUUUGAGACUUUGGGAGAUGAUGCCAAUUAUUUUUUGAGACUAAUAGGUGCACCAGAGGGGCUGACUUUUCCUAAUUUCAAAGACAGGCAUUCCAGUGAAAAAAGAACAAAUUUAGAAGUUGUCAGACAAUACUUGGCAGAAAUUUCCAACACAGAAAGACAGCAGAUUUACAACUUUUAUUAUCUGGAUUAUUUAAUGUUUAACUACAGUGUACCAUAUGUAUAACCCUGGCUUGGAUUGGUUUAGUAUGUAAGCAAUUUUUACCAUUUAGUUUGGGAGCAGAAGAAACGCAACAAGUUAUGAGGAGAAAAUUAAUUGCACUGAAAUGUCUGGACAGAAAAACACUUUUACAUUAAGAAAGUUUUAGAGUCUUCAAAGCAAUGUAUCUAAAGGGAAUAAGCCAAGCAUUCAAAACCUCUGAAAUUGUAUAAUAUUAUUGUAUCUAGUCAUGUUUCAUGAAUGUAUUUUUGUAUUUCCAAGGAAAUAUUAAGUAAAAACUAGCUUUCUUAACGAA